UGCAUUCGGUUGCCGUGGUUACGGGAUGUGCUCUUUUCAAAGUUCCGGGGGGGAACCGCAACUUAGCAACAUGGAUCUAUUAAGCUUUGCUUUGCUUUUCAACAAAAGAUGUUCACAAAUACGAUAAUAUAUGCACGAGUGGCGGCUGAAAGUUGGGUGUUGAUUAGAUGUACCGGGAACUUUUGUAUUAAAAAAGACGGAACGUGUGUUUAGUGUCUAAACAACAGUUUUUCAGCUAAAAUGUUUAAAAAUACAUUCCAGAGUGGAUUUUUGUCUAUUUUAUACAGCAUCGGCAGCAAACCUCUUCAGAUUUGGGACAAAAAGGUGCAAAAUGGACACAUAAAGAGGAUAACAGAUAAUGACAUCCACUCCUUGGUGCUAGAGGUGGAAGGGACCAAUGUUAGUACUACUUAUAUAACAUGCCCUGCUGACCCAAAGAAGACACUGGGUAUCAAGCUCCCAUUUCUGGUCAUGAUUAUCAAACACCUAAAGAAAUAUUUUUCCUUUGAAGUUCAGGUGUUAGAUGACAAAAAUGUUCGUCGGAGGUUCAGGGCAAGUAACUAUCGGAGCACGACGAGAGUGAAACCUUUUAUCUGCACGAUGCCAAUGCGGCUUGACGACGGCUGGAACCAGAUUCAGUUCAACCUGUCGGACUUCACCAGGAGAGCGUACGGAACCAACUACAUCGAGACGCUAAGGGUACAGAUCCAUGCCAACUGCCGCAUAAGGAGGAUAUAUUUCUCAGACAGACUUUAUUCUGAGGAUGAGUUACCAGCUGAAUUUAAACUGUACGUGCCUGUUCAAAACCAGAAGGCAAAGCAGUAAAGCUUCCCGACACAGCCACUUCCACCUUGUUGUAAUGGAGUUUAAGUGUUUAUUUUUUGUUGUGAAGAUGUUCCCUCUUGUGUUACUCUGUGA